AUGCCCUACUGGUCAUGCGAAUAUGAGAGUUGUAAUAAACCAGCCGCGCAGAGAGCAGGAGAUUGCUUGCUGUGCGAUAGGCACUUUUGUCGCACGCACCGCCGAGAGCCGUGGCACAAAUGCCCAAAACCAGAGGAAAACUGGGACUCCUACUCUGCUCAAUAUGCAGCUACAGAGGCUCGUCAUAUAGACGAGCUAUGCCUUCGAAUAGAUUGUUCUAAAUUAUGCUUGCAUGCAUCGAUGCUCAGAGAAGGCAUCCCGUGUACAGUUGACUUGUCUCGCAAGAGCUUGAUGAUGGGAAACCAGAACAUCCACACAGAAAUCACCUUCGAUGAUAAUAUCAAGUGGCUCGCACGUUUUCGCCUCGCAAGAACUUCAUCACCGCCGCGGGAAGUUCGUGAUUGGAUACUUCGAAGUGAAGCUGCUACUAUGAUUUAUCUUCAACGAUACACUUGUAUUCCCACGCCCAAAAUCUUUGAUUGGGCAUGCGAAUCUGAUCCAGAAAACCCACUUGGAGUUGACUACAUUCUGAUGGAAAAGUUAAACGGAAAGUCUCUGGAUUGGCAGACGGCGACACCUCAGCAGAAAGAGAAGAUCAUGCAGCAGUUGGUUGAUAUCUUCCUCGAGAUUGAUAGACAUCCUUUUGAAGCAAUAGGAUCACUUAUUUCCUCGACGGAAAAUGUUAUAACCCUUCAAGGUCUCGCACAUCAAUCGACAUUCCAAGCAGGAAAGGGACCACUCGGCCCAUUCUCUUCUCCGCUCGAGGGCUCAGAGGCUAUUUUCAAAUCCUAUCUCACAAUGAUAGCUAACGGCGAAAUUGAUCCCUGUUAUCCGGUGGAUACAUAUCUUUUCCAUCGAUUUCGCCAAGAUAUUGCAACCGCCCUCUUCAAAGAUGUUCCAUUAGGCGAACAAUUCUUUCUCAAACAUCCAGACGACAAAGGUGACCAUAUUCUAGUUAAUGACUGUUUCGACAUUGUGGGUGUCAUAGAUUGGGAAUGGACGCAAACUGUUUCCAAGGCGGAAGCAUUCUGUUCCCCUUGUAUGAUGUGGCCGGUAGCCGAGUUCUACAACGGUCUGAAUGAGCUAGCUGCUGAUGAAUUGCGGCUAGCUGCAAUCUUUCGCGAAAAGGGCCGCGAAGAUCUUGCCGCCUACAUCGUCGAGGGCAGAAAGGUCCAGAGGUUUUCCUUCGCUCUUGGGCCUGAGAGCUCUUUUCUAGAUAUGCAGACACUUCCGCAUCUCUUUGCAGGACUCCGGCGGGCCUUUAAGCUUGAAGAUGAGGAGUGGGAGGCAUGGAAGAGCAAGGCUCUCAAGAAAUGGAAAGAUGAUGACUUACUCCUUAGCUUGCUAGAACUAGAAUGA